CCGCUAGAUGGCAGGAACGGCAGUUCCACCUUGCCGGAAACACACAGAUGACUAAACCAUCGCAGAUGCCUAAGUAAACCUUAGUAUUCUACGCCCAAGGUGACUACAGUCUCGGCAAAAUGUCGAGCAUAAAACAGGUGAUCAACGAUGCGGUGGAGAAAGGUAAGGAGGUGUACGAAAAAGUACGGCAGCCUAAUCCCAUCCGCCUACGGGAUCUGAUAAGGCAGAUUCGGUCAGCCAAGACUGCAGCAGAGGAGCGAGCAGUAGUAAACAGGGAAUGUGCAUACAUCCGCCUCACUUUCAGGGAAGAAGAUUCUGUAUGGCGAUGUAGAAAUGUUGCCAAACUUUUGUACAUACACAUGCUUGGGUACCCUGCUCACUUUGGCCAGAUGGAGUGUCUCAAGUUGAUAGCCUCACCACGCUUCACAGACAAGCGCAUUGGAUACCUUGGAGCCAUGUUAUUGCUAGAUGAAAGACAGGAUGUCCAUCUCCUCAUCACCAACUCUUUGAAGAAUGACUUAAAUUCUUCAACGCAAUUUGUACAAGGAUUGGCACUUUGCACACUCGGCGCAAUUGCUUCCCCAGAAAUGUCGCGAGAUUUGGCAGGGGAAGUAGAAAGGCUCCUCAAGUCCUCCAAUGCAUACAUUAGGAAAAAGGCUGCUGUAUGUGCCUUGAGAAUAAUUCUGAGAGUUCCAGAGCUGAUGGAAAUGUUUCUCCCUGCCACUCGCUCCCUCCUGUCUGAGAAGAAUCAUGGUGUCCUUAUAACAGGGGUCACGCUAAUUACCGAGAUGUGUCGCCAGUCUCCUGACAUGCUUGCACACUUCAAGAAGAUUGUACCCAACCUAGUUCGCAUCCUCAAAAAUCUCAUCAUGGCUGGCUACUCUCCUGAGCAUGAUGUGCAAGGCGUGUCUGAUCCUUUUUUGCAGGUGAAGAUCCUGAAACUGCUAAGAAUUCUUGGUUGUGGUGACAGUGAUGCCUCAGAAACCAUGAAUGACAUACUGGCGCAGGUAGCUACCAACACUGAAUCUUCCAAGAAUGUUGGAAAUGCCAUCCUGUAUGAGACAGUUCUCUCCAUCAUGGACAUCAAGAGUGAAAGUGGACUUAGGGUACUUGCCAUCAACAUCCUUGGUAGGUUCUUGCUUAAUGCUGACAAGAAUAUUCGUUAUGUAGCGCUCAACACUUUGCUGAGAGUUGUCCAUGCUGACAACUCUGCCGUCCAACGUCAUCGCUCUACCAUCCUUGAGUGCCUCAAGGAUGCAGACAUCUCAAUCAGGAAGCGAGCCAUGGAAUUGUGUUUCGCGCUCAUUAACGGCAACAAUAUCCGCACCAUGAUGAAAGAAUUGAUUACCUUCCUCGAGAAUGCUGAGCCUGAGUUCAAAGCAUCAUGCUCCUCUAAGUGUGUUCUAGCAGCAGAAAAGUACUCACCCAAUGUCAGGUGGCACAUAGACACUCUGCUCAGGGUGGUGGAAGCGGCUGGGAACCAUGUGCCUGAUGAUGUAGUGUCAUCCACAAUACAACUUAUAUCUGAGACACGGUCUGAGCAGGCAUAUGCUGUGGGAGAGCUGUGGCGACAUCUAUCUGUGGCACAGCUUGAGUUUCAGCCAAUGAUCCAGGUGGCUACAUGGUGUAUAGGGGAAUUUGGUGACCUGCUACUAAAUGGUCAGGCUGAUGUUACUGUAGUAGAGCCUCAACUCAUAGAAAUUUAUCAGAAAAUUUUGUGGUCAUCACAGUGCUCCAUAACAACUAAGGAAUAUGCCCUUACCUCCCUCAUGAAGCUCUCUGCCCGUCUCACUCAGGAAGUUGGAUCAAUACAGCAAGUUGUUAGUGCAUUUGGAUCUCAUCUUAAUAUAGAGCUUCAACAAAGAGGAAUAGAAUACAGCCAGCUAUUCACAAAACACAACCACAUGCGAGGUCCAUUGCUGGAGCGCAUGCCUCCAUUUGAGGGCGUUCGUGCAGGCACCGCAGAGGGAGACAAAGGAGGGUUAGCCAUUACUAAUGGACUUGAUAACUCUCCAGACAACCAGAGUCUCUUGAAUGACCUUUCCUCUGCCAAUAAUAACAACAUCAUUAACAGCACCCAUGAAAAUAAUGAGUCGAAUGCUCUGUUGCUACUCCUUGGUGGCAUGGAACCAGGCGAAGGUGACACAGUGCAGCCAGUGCCCUCAUCCACCACUUCUCUCGGCUCCUGCAGUAUCUCUGCUCCUCAUUCCUCCACACUCAAUGCUGAUAUACUGGACCUCUUAGGUCCAGAGCCUGGUUCCACUGCACCUUCAACAACAACCACCACCAGUACCAACCCAGCUCAGCUCUCCCAGACCAAUAGCAGCAGUGACCAAGGCCUGCUUGAUGGUCUGCUGAACAACACUUCCUCAGCUACCACCACUGGCAUCAUCUCCCUUAACGCCUCUACAAAUUCUAACUCCCUUCCUGCUAAUAACUUCAUAAUAUCUCAGAACCUAUCAGAGUCCAAUGUGCCAGGGAUCACUGCAUAUGAUAAGAAUGGUAUCAGACUUGACAUGACAUUUGAGGUUCAUGAGAGUGUGACAACUAUCAAUAUGGUGGCCACCAAUACUUCACUGGCCCAGGUGACAGAUUUCCUCUUUCAAGCUGCAGUUCCCAAGUCACUACAACUGCAGAUGCUGAGCCCAAGUACCACCAGCAUGGCACCGUCUGCAGCACUGACCCAGGUCAUUAAGGUUAACAACCCAAAUAAGGUGCCACUGAGAAUGAGGAUGCGAUUAUCCUGGCAAGCCAAUGGCUCCUCGAUGCAAGACCAGGGGGAAAUUAGUAACUUUCCUCCAGCUUUGUGGCAGUGACACCACCUGUGGCCUCUAUGACUAGCAACCACAACUCUCAUCACCUGCUCCUCCCUCUCCUCAUCCCCAGCCUACUGUAACAUUCUCCCAAAACAGCUCCCUUCCUUCACUCUUAAGGAUUUGUCAUCCUCACAAUAUCCAAACACACACUAUCAUCCAUCCUUCCACAACCUCUAUUUUAUAUAAAUUGAUCUUUGCUAGAGGAUUUUUCAAAAUCUUGUGUAUUAAGUGAUGAAUGAUAUAUAUUUUAUAAAUCUAUUCCUUAACAAUUAAGAUUACAUUUAUUUAUGUUUGCAAGCACACUUAUUCUCUGAAUAUAAAAGUUUAUUCUUCAUCACUAGCCAGCAGCCCUUUAGAAUUUCUUUGAGUGACCAAAUAUUGUAUUAAUUUACUUUUCCUUCUUAGUCCUAAUAUAGGAUAGCCAGUCACAUGUUAACAACUUGCAUAUUGAAUAAUAGGGUUAUGAAAUGUCAUCUAAUAUUCUUUAGAUUUCCCUGUUCCCUCCGUUUUACAGCAUAAGUGCAGUGAGCAAAAGUCACAUGAAUUCUGUGUGAUACAUGACUGAUCCUACUGAAGAUUAUUCAGUUUAUGGCGAGUUGAUUGAAAUGAGUUUAUAAUGAUUUGCAUUUCUCAUUCAUAGAUCAUUGCAUUUCACUAUGGUCAUAUUUAUUUAUUGAGUUGGCAGAAUAUUACUCCUGCAGAUUUGUGUAUUUAGCCUGCCUCAUUUAACCCUGUAGCAGCAACAGGCCAAGUUUGUGGCUUUACCGUGUAGCAGCGACGGGCCAAAUUUGUGCCAUGAUUUAAACCCCCCAAAACAGAUGAUACAUAAUCUGAUUACAAAUGCUUUGAUAUAUAUUAUGAAAUGGUUUGUGUGAGGGGUGAUUUUUUCUCAUUUUUCUCGCUUGAGGGGACCAUUAAGAAACAUGAUCUACGCUGCUACCGGGUUAACCUUAAUAAGGAAUAAAUAGACUACUGUUGUGGAUUUUCACUAACUUGAACUUUAUUAUUAUUUUUCUUCUUCUUUUAAUUCUUAUUCUUAUUAUUAUUGUAAUUAUUAUUACUAUUAUUAUUAUUAUUAUUAUUAUUAUUAUUAUUAUUAUUAUUAUUGUAAUUAUAAUUAUUAUUAUGAUUAUUAUUAUUAUUAUCAAUAGUAGUAGUAGUAGUGGUAGUUAGUAAUAGUUGUAGAAGUAGCAGCAGCAGCAUUGUUAUUGUUAUUACAGUAUUAGUCCAAUAAUCUGAAUGGCAGUGAACUGAAGGUCAUUCUGAUUAUCAAACUGUUUGGAUUAUUAAGAGGGACCCAUAAAAACAGAAAGCAAUCAUGUUCAGAAAAGAAAGACAUCAGACGUUUUAUUACUUGUCAGUAAUGCUAAGUGCAGAACAGCAGUUUUAGGUAGGUAAAUCCAUGUAAAGAGUGUACAUCUAGAGGCAAUGAAAGCACAACGAAUUAAAGCAUGAAGACGCCAUGUGAGAAGAUGCCGUUGGACACCGAGCCCCUCUGACAAUUUUGGAGUCAAAUUGAGGCUGCCUGAGAACUGUACUUUCGCUUAAUCUAUUGACUUUUCACUCAUUAAUAAUAACUUCGCCUAAUAUUAUUGUACUGUUCAAAAUUCCUAAUACUAUAAAGUCCAAAAACGAAGCUAAUAUUCGGCGGUCAACAUCUUUACAAAAUCUAAAUCUCGUGAGUCUUUUAUUUCUUGGCCCCGCUGCUUUGUACCACUCAGUGCAUAUGGCGCAUGAUUUGAAUUUUUUAUUUAUUUAUUUUUUUUUUUUUAAUUUUGAAGAUUUUGUCAGCCACCUUAAAAAAUCAGACUAUUGGGAUUUUCAGAUUAUUCAUGUUCGAAUUAUUGGACUUUUACCGUGUUAUUGAUUUCUUAGUGAAAAUUUAAGGGUGAAACUAGCAACAGGAAUUUUGUUCACAGUUCUAGACAUUAAUGAACAUAAUUUCCAAGGCAUCUCUUUUCUUACCAUUAUUAUUAUUAUUAUUUUAUUAUUACAGUAAUCAUUUUUAUUAUUAACAUCAUUAUUAUGUAGUAGUCUGUUUAUUAUCCUUAUUACUUCUAGUAGUUUUGUUUUUGCCCUCAGAAUAGUGUUUCAUUAAUUUGAAAAAAAAAAUAUAUAUAUAUAUAUAGAGAGAGAGAGAGAGAAAAUACCAGUUCAUAAGAGUGACUUCUCAGUUUUGAAAUGGUGAAAAUAACCACACAUCUGGUCCCAAUAACUAGCCUCCAUGAGGUGACAUUGGAUCAUUUUGCAUUUUUUUGUACUUAAAAAUUUUUCUUGUAGACUUUGGUAUGAAUAUAUUUCCUUUGUUAUUUGUUUGUGAUUUUUGUAAAAGCCAUUCAGACAUAAUGUAUUGAAUUGUUUUGGAGUGUACUUAGAACUGCUGAGGUGUGUGUUUAUUUACCUAGUUGCAAACAGAGUCUGAGCCAUGCUCAUGGUUCUGUCCCUGUAUCUACUUUUUUUUCUUUCUUUUUUUCAAUUUGUGAACACUGCUACAAUUCCUUCCUUAGUUUAUUCUAAGCUUCAGUGUGUAAGUUUGCUAUUUCUUGACAUCGCACAGUCAUCUAGUCUGUCAAUUUGUUCAUGUGUCCUAAGUUUUGUGUUCCUCUUUCCGACUAUGUAAUCAGGUCUCUUCUCUCUCCCUCUUCCAUAUUAUUUAUCAGCUUAUAUAGCAUUAUAAAGACUCCUCUUUCUCUUCUCUCCUCUAUUGUUGAUAGAUUCAGUUCCUUUAAGCUUUCCUCAUAUGUUAAGCCUUCCAUGUGGAACCAUUUUUUGUUGCUCUGUGUGUGUGUGUGUGUGUGUGUGUGUGUGUGUGUGUGUGUGUGUGUGUAUUUACCUAGUUGUGACAUACAGGAAAAGAGCUACGCUCGCGCUGUCCCGUCUCCAUAUCCUCUCUUAUCCAACUUUUCCUUAAAAUCAUGAAUGUUGCUUGCACAGACCACCUCCUCCUCCAGUCUAUUCCAUAGCUCAAUGCUUCUGUUUGGGAAACUAAACUUUUUCACAUCUCGCCUGCACGUGGUCGCCCUCAACUUCUUUCUAUGUCCUCUCGUUUCUCUCUCGUUCCACACACGCAGGUCCUCUCUGUCCAGAUUCUCCACCCUGCUCACCACCCUGUACACUGCCAUCAGGUCUCCUCUCUUCUUCUCUCCAGGGUUGUGAGCCCCGUGCUAUUGAGUCUCUCCUCAUACGUCCGAUCACUAAGUUCCGGUACCAUCUUAGUUGCCACUCUCUGCUCUCUUUCCAGCUUUCUUAUGUUCUUUUUGUGAGGAGACCAGACCACUGCUGCAUACUCCAACCUUGGCCUUAUCAUUGUAACUAUUAUUUUCUUCAUCAUUUCCUCGUCCAAAUACACAAAUGCCAUCCUUAUGUUCCUCAGCAAAUUCAUAGUUUGUCCUGUUAUCCUGUUGAUGUGUUUGUCCUUUAGGCCAUUUUAUUCAUCUACACUUCUGUUUGGGAAACUACUUCUUUUUAUCCUUCAGACAUGUUCCCUUUUCAGCUUCUUACUGUGUCCUCUCAGCCCCCUCCUUCCCUCUGUCACAACCAGGUCACUUCAAUCCAAUUUGUCCUGUCCACUAGUAAAUUCAUACAAAGCUAUUGUCUUUUUUUUUUUUUUUUGUGUGUGUGUGUGUGUGUGUGUGUGUGUGUGUGUGUGUGUGUGUGUGUGUGUGUGUGUUUACCUAUUUGCAGUCUACCGGGCCCAAGCUAAGCUCUAAUAAUCCUGUCUCCAUAUCUACAUUUAUCCAGCCUUUCCUUCAUUUCAUGGACAUUGUUCGCCUCCACCACCUCUUCCCGCAAGCUGUUCCAUGUGUUAACACUUCUAUGUGUAAAACUAUACUUUUUAAGUCACUCAAACAGGUUCCUUUAUUAAUUUUUUUCCUAUGUCCUCUCAGACCCUGCGUUCUCGCAGAUAAGAAGAGAUUAUUUCUAUCCACCUUCUCAAACUUAUUUGCCAAUUUAUACAGUGUGAUCAGAUCUCCUCUCUCCCUUCUUUGUUCCAGUGUCGUCAAGUCCAUCUCCUUCAAUCUGUCUUCAUACGUCAUAUUCGAGAGUUCUGGGACCAUUUUAGUUGCAAUUCUCUGUAUCUUUUCCAGCUUUCUGAUAUCCUUCUUUUUGUGAGGUGACCACACAACUGCAGCAUAUUCAAGCUUAGGUCUUAUCAUUGUAAUUAGUAUUUUCUUUAUCAUUUCUUUGUCCAUAAAAUGGAAUGAUACCCUUAUAUUUUCCAUCAUCUUACAGGUUUCUUCAAACAGCUUGUUUACGUGUUUUUCUGGGGAUGGUGUGUCUUGCAUCGUUACUCCCAAAUCUUUUUCUUCAUGUACCACCUUUAAGUUUUCUUCUCCCAUCCUGUAUGUUUUCCUUGGUCUUUUUUUUACUUUUCCCCAUUUCCAUUACAUGGCAUUUGUUUGCAUUAAAUUCCAUCUCCCAUAACUGGCUCCAUCUAUUUACUCGGUCCAGGUCUUUUUGCAGCUCCUCACAAUCUUCCUCCGUCCGCACUUUUCUUAUUAACUUUGCAUCAUCUGCAAAAGGGCUCAUAUAACUUUUUAUACCCUUUGGCAUAUCGUUUAUAUAUAUUAUGAACAUUAUUGGUGCCAGAACUGAGCCUUGAGGAACUCCACUCUCUACUCUCCUCCAGUUUGAUUUCUCCUCUCUAAUCACUGUCCUCAUUCCUCUUUUCAUUAAGUAAUCGUUCAUCCACUCAAUAACCUUCUGCCCAUUCCUCCCCACUGUUGUAGUUUUCAGGCAGAACCUUGUCAAAAAAAUGUUCAAAUCGAGAUACACACUAUCAGCCCACCCUUUUCUCUCUUGCAUCACGUCUAUUGCUCUUGGGUAGAAACAGAGUUAGUGACAAACGAUUUCACUUUUGUAAAUCCAAACUGUCCUUCAUUUAUAUUUUCCUUUUCUAAAUGUUCUACCCAUCGGGUUUUUUUUUUAUUAUACUUUGACAAAUCUUUCACAUUACACUUGUCAAAGAAACUGGUCUAUAAUUUAGUGGUUCAGUUUUAUUCAUUCAUUCAUUCAUUUCAUCGACACCUGCUCCUAGGAGCUCCCACCAGGGGAUGGCCACGGCAGAAGAGCUUCCAACUUUCUCUAUCCAGACACUCCCUUCUUGCCUGCUCAAAGUUUCUCAAAGAUCUUUCCCCCCUCCCCCUAACGUACUCUUGCACCCUAUCCCUCCAUUUCACUGGAGGUCGUCCUCUAGCAUUCCCUCCCUCUAUCUCACUCACAUACACCCUUCUGGUCAUCUUACUCUCCUCCAUUCGCUCCAUGUGGCCAAACCACUUUAAAGUCUGUCGCUUCACUUCUUCCCUUCACCCGUGACACAUUCCAAAACACUCGUACACACUUUCAUUACUCAUUCCAUCCAUUCUACUCACACCACAAGCACUCCUCAAAUAACUCAUUUCCACUGCCUGCACUCUAGACCUCUGACUUUCAUUCCAGGGCCAGUUUUAUCUCCACUUAUAUAAAUUGGUACAAUGUUCGCUCUUUUCCAUUCUAAGGGCACUUCUCCUUUACUUAUAGAGCAUGUUAUUAUGUCAUAAAGUGGCUCCAAUAAUUCAUUUCUACACUCUUUUAGCACUUGUCCCGAGAUUCCAUCCGGUCCCAUAGUUUUCCUUCUAAGGUUUUCAUCAGCUGUAUCAGUUCUCCUUUACCAACCUUUACCUGUGUGUGUGUGUGUGUGUGUGUGUGUGUGUGUGUGUGUGUGUGUGUGUGUGUGUGUAUUUACCUAGUUGUGGUUUACAGGGCCUGAGCUAAGCUCAGAUAGUCCUGUCUCCUUGUCUAUAUUUGUCCAAUCUCCUUCAUUUGGCAGACACUCCCCGGCUCCACAAGCUCCUCCUUUAGGCCACUCUAUUCAUCUACACUUCUGUUUGGGAAACUGUACUUUUUAUCCUUCAGACAUGUUCCCUUUUACAGCUUCUUACUGUGUCCUCUCAGCCCCCUCCUCCCCUCUGUCACGACUAGGUCGCUUCAAUCCAAUUUGUCCUGUCCACUAGUAAAUUUAUACAAAGCUAUUCAGUCUCCUCUUCGUCUCCUCUCUACAAGCAUCGUCAGUUCCAUUUCUUCCAAUCUGUGGUCAUGUGGCAGACUCGAUAACUGGUAACAUUUUGGUCGCUAUCAUCUGUAUCCUUUCCAGCUCCCUUAUAUCUUUAUUCCUGUGGGGGAACCAAAUUAAUGCUGCAUAUUCCAGUCUUAGUCUUAUCGUUGCAGUUAUGGUUUUUUCAUCAUAUCCUUAUCCAUAUAAUGAAAUGCUACACUAAUGUUUUGCAACAGACUAUAUGUGUCUCCAAAUAUUCUAUUUAUGUGCUUAUCAGGGGUCAAUUUAUCUUGAACAUGUGCAUGUGUAUAUGUGUGUACAUGUGUGCGAGAAGUGCAUUUGUGUAUACAUGUGUGCACUUUUUUUCUCUGCCUCCCUGUAUUCAUUGAUUCUGCCAAAUAUCACUUGCAAAUAUAUUUAGUUAUGUUUUAAUAUAAACCAAUGGCGUAUAUGUCACCUUUGCAGCUGUAAACUCUUUUGUGCUUUGAGUUGUGUUUAUUUAAUUUUUAUGAGUAAUGUUUCUGACUAAAAGUAAUAAGAAUAACAUCAAUAUAUUUAUAUUACUUGUUCCAGUGACCUAUACCCCGGACAUAACUCAUGUUGUUUGACUUUAAUAAACUACAUUUUAUAUUAGCCUAACAAAACCACUGUAAAUACCUAAGAAUAUAAGUUGAAGUAGGUGUUGAGUCAUUGUUGUAAAUAUUUGUUAUACAUUGAUGCACAGUAAGGGGGAAUUUAUAGGACUUCAGAAGCUCAGCUGUUAUUUUUGGCUAUAUUUCCAGAACAAUCCAUCCACAUCACUGUUUUAUUAAGUGUGUUUUCUGUAUUUUAUUUAUGUAUAUUGGGAAAUAUUACUUGUUAACAUGCAAAGGUUGCACAAGGUAACCAGUGACAAAAUUUGUGAUAGAGGAAAACAGUCUUGGGACUCUUUCAUGUUAGUUGAUCUUGUGAGGCAUGACAUUGUCAAGCUCUGUCCACACUAGGCAUGAAGUAGCACAGUGUGUUGCACAAUUUGAUAUCUAAAACAACACUCAGUGCUGUUAACCCCCUAAUACUUUUAUGCCCCACACAAACACUAAAAUUACCCUACUUUUCCCCUCAUAGCCCUUUGGCUGAGGAUGAAAAUAUUACUAUGCUAGGCAGCACUGCUUUUACAUAUGUUCCGUAAUACAUCAGUGAUUUAAAAAUGUGGUUUCUUUUGCCUAGUACAAGAAAAUGAGUUUGUAAAAUUAUCCUACUGCUCUACUAAACAAGAAUUGAGACUGAAUUACUCUUUGGUUGGCAACAUUGCACAAAAUUAAGUUGCACAACACAUUAUGUAACUUGAUGCCUAGUGUGGAGGGAGCUUCAAACCAAAUCAGAGUUAUACAACACAUUGUACAACUUGAUGCAUAGUGUGAACAGGACUUAAAACAACAGAAUCCUUGAACCCAACUUUUUGUAGUAGCUUAUGUAUUGUUUGUAUAUUUUGUCAUUUAGAAAUAAAUGUAUCUAUAUUGUUUGGUAUAUUGAUUGAGUUAUGAAUAACAAUUGUAUAUAAACUUCAAGGGCUGCUUUCCCAAGAAUUAUCUGGAAAGUGUGUCAAUCUGAGACCAGCUGAGGGACAGGUGUAGUAGGCCAAGCUUCUCUCCCUAAUUUUUGCCCAUGAAGGCAGGUGUAUUUCUUGCAAAAUUUCUGCAGUUAUUUAUAGUGAUAUGCUUGGAGAGGUGGUGUUACUACUUUUUACUAAUUUGAGGGCUGAUAAUAAGUUUCCUUUCCCCUACAUAUUAUUUAGAUUAUCAUUUUAUAAAGUUCUGGUAAUAAACAUUUGAAAAAUUAUUCUAAAUAGAAAGUCCAAUGCAUACAAAUGCCAUGUGUAAAAUGAAACAUUCAGAUUUUGUUCCUUAUUUGUCAUUAAGAAUUAUAUUCAUACUGCUUUUCAUUUCACUUGUGCUUAGUGUUAGGGCAGUCAGGAGAAUCAUACAUUGAUCCCCAGUAUCUGUGUGGCUGUUGGUAUUCUCUCUCAGCUGAGUUUUGAGUGUUGGCACACCCCACCUAUUAUUUGAUAGUCAGCCAGAUCCACAAAGCCAUUCCAUGUACUCUGGUGAUGUAAAUGAGCCCUCUGGCAUCACAUCAUAUUGAUCAUCUGGGGAAAAUAAAUUUAUCAAAGAAUUUUUA